AUGGAGAAAGGCGGCUUCAAGCGGCUCGGCAGGCUGUUCCACCACAAGAGCGAGUCCGAGGACUCCGAGCCGGACACGAGUAAGGAGGCGUCGUUUCCGUCCCCCUGCCCUUCGCCAUCCCCUCAGGAGCGACGGGAGCAUCGCCACGGCAGCCCCCCCGCCGUCCCCGGAGAGCGCAAGAAGCGCUCGCCUUUCGGCCCCUGGCGCCUGAGGAAGAAGAAACAGAAGGAGCAGCUGAAGGACCACUCGGCAGCAGAGCCAAGCCGCGGCGUGGACAGCGUGCCCGCGUCGCCUUCGCUCUCCCUGGCGUCCUCGUCCUUCUCCUUCGCCACUUCGGAGCCCACGACCCCCACGAACAGAUAUUUCGACAUGCCGGAUACGCAGUAUGCUGCUCAGGCAAAUCAGCUGCCUCUAGUUCCUUUGCAAGAGCCAUUGUUUGCUCAUGCUAUUCCAUUGGUUUCAAUAACUACAUCUACAUUGCCAGCGUCAUUUAGAAAGUCCAAAACUCGGACUCCAGAGGCUUCUAAGGAAGAAAACAAAAAGAAACCAGUUUUGGGAAAGUUUGGAAAUUUUUUUACAACAGGGAGAAGAAAAAAUCCAAAAAACACAUUAGAAGCUUCUUUAAGGCCAAUCGUUAAAAGUGUGAAGUCAGAAUCUCCUCACAAAGGUUUAGCUCCAUUGGCAUCAAUAGAUAUCGAGGACAUUAAAGAUUUAUCUAAAAGCGAGGAAUCUCUCACUGACCAGGCUUAUGAUCAGGAUCAGUCAAGGAUACAGAGUACUGUUGAAGACGCAGAAGAAUAUCUCUACAACAAGGAUCUGACACCUUUAUAUAAUGACAUUGUUUCAGAAUGGAACACUAAGAGAAUUUCUUCUGACAGUGAAUGGUCACUUGAUUGGCGCAGCAGUAAUGAAACAAUAAAAAAUACAGUAUUUGAUAGCAAUCUAUCGCUUCAGACACUGGAAGGAGAAAGUGAUCUUGUCACUGAUACAUCUAAUAUCACAACUCCAGAUUUCUUUAAAAGUUUAACUAAUAUAUCCAGUGAAGACUUAGAACAUAGCACAUUAAACCACAAGCAAUUAGUGGAUGUGCAAAAAUUUGAAGAAUCAGAAUAUGCAGCAUCAAAAGAUCUUCCAUUUGUUUUGGAAUCGAAGCAAUGUGAGCAUGUCCACCCUUCUAGAGUGUUGACGUUGGAUAUCUUUCUUCGUAGAACUGAACAAACAAAUUCAUAUGAACCAGUGACUGCUGUAGUAGACGAAGAGUAUUUUAACACAGACACAAUGGAUAAAAAAACUGUAACAAGGAGAUCUGGAAAGAGGAGAAAAUCUCAAUCAUCCAGUGAUAUGCCAAAUGGGGAUAGAAAUGUGACUGAGAAUACCGUGAAAGAAGAACCUGUUCUUGAUGGUAUUUCAUCAGAUUUAGUUUCAGAAAAAAUGAACGCCCCUGAAAGAAAAGUUAAGGCUUCUCAACAGAUUAAUUCUCCCACAGCUAAUCAUGAUAUAAGGUCUGGAAGUAAUCACAAGGGACUUAGUAAAACAGAUUUAGAGAAAAGCAAACAGCAGACCCCAACUUCAUCCUCAUACAAGAGAAAAUCUUUAAAAAAGAAUCAAUCUGAUGCAGGUCCUCUUUCACCCACAGGCUUGAAAAAUCAUGGAAAAGAUUCUAAUACCAAAAGACAGAGCGAAGGUACAACAGAUAGUAACCUAACAUCAAAAUGCACUUCAAUAGAAAAGUCAUCUUCCAGUGAAAGCAUUGUAGAGACUUCUAAAGUUUCUUCUAUCAGCAUCAGCACUUUGCCAGUUUCUGAAGGGACGACAGAAUCUAAGGCAUCACAUCUUGUCAACAGCUCUGUUGCCAGUGCUUUGCUGCACACUGACAAGCGUAAAAAUGGUGAAAUGGGAACAACAAAUGGAAAGCAAGCUUCCUCUGAUUUGGACAGUACAAAGCAGAAAUAUCCGUGCUUCGAACCGUCCAGAAUGGUCACAACAAAAGUUAACCUUCCAGCUAAACCAAAGAAUAUUGAAUUAAAUCUUAAAGCUUCUAAAAUUGUACAAGAUGUAGAAAAUGAGCAAGAUUCUAUGGACAAAACAGUUAAAAUUAACUUCAGUAUUGCCAAUAAAAUAUCUAUGUUUGAAAACAAACAUACUAAUCAAAAUCAAUCUGCUGAUGGCUCUACAUCAAAAAAAGGCUCUGUAUCCAAUACAUUUGUUGGAAGAGCAAAGCUGAAGUUUGGGAAACAGCAUACAGAAAGUGAUCAGACGAACAGGAUAACAAAUAAGGCAAGCAACCGCCAGAAACCAUUGCAGAAUGGCACAAAGAUGAAAGAAGCGUCUUCAGAUAUAAAAAUUAAGUCAGAGGGAAGGAUCCAGUCAAGCAUUCUAACCAAUGAGGAAGUCGAAAAAGUAGUUGAAUCUCAGCUUAAUCAAAAUGGUAAAGAAGAUGAUAAUCAAGUGAACGUUUUCACUUCUGAAAACAUUGAUGCAGAAUUAGCCAAGGAUAAUCUGCUACCUAAAACUACAUCCAUACAACUGAGUGAAGAAACUGAAACUUCUGAAAACAAUAGCAUGAGUAUAUAUGCCCAAUCCACAUCCCCUGAAAGUCAAGAGAAACAUUCCUUGAACGUCGACAUCUGUUCCCCAAGUACAGAUGAUAAAAGUAUCAUUCAAUCUGAUCUAGUGCCCAGCAAAUCAGAGUUAGAAAACAAUAUGACUUCUCAAACUGAAAAUGAAGACAAAGGGAUGACAAAUACUGUUUUGGAAGACAUACAGAUAUUUGAAGAAAACAUCAGUGAACAGGAAACUACAAGCAGUAGUUGUAAUGUUCCUAAAACUGGUAACAGUGAUGGUAUUUGUGAUUCUCCUUCAGACAUGGCAAAGUUUACUGAAACACUUAAAAAUCUAGACAGCUCUAUUUGCAUACCUCAGAAAAAGAAAAAGGCCAAACUUCCAAAAUCUCCAGCACCUCAUUUUGCUAUGCCUCCAAUUCGUGAAGACAAUUUAGAGAAAAUAUUUGAUCCCAAUUUAUUUACACUUGGGUUGGGAAUAAAGAGAGAUAAACCGCAAGAUCUGACCCCAUCCCUACAGCUGAAAUUGCAAAGCCUAGAAACUGAGGCUAAAGCCAGACCCAAGCGUGCCUCUGCUGAAAACAGCAUCAUUCUCCAGUCAUUAAAAUUAACCAACAGAGCGUAUCCUCUACUUAAGCAGGAAAUGAGUGGGGAAGAGAGCAAGGAUAGUACAGAUGGUGACAUUAAGAGAUCUCGAAUUGAAAACAGUGCCAUCUUCUCAAGCCUGCUGACAUCUGCGACAAAAGAAAACGUUUUUACGCCAUCUUCAAAUUCUAUAAACACUAUCACAACAUCUUUUGCAUCUGAGAAAAGUGUGGAUUCCUCAGGACCACCUCCUCUAAUGUUUGAUAUUGCUCAGAAAUCAGAGUCUCUUUCAGGUUUCAGAGCUCCAAAUUAUAUGGAGAAAUAUUUACAAACUGAUGAUGCAAAAAAAGAGAGAGUUUUACAGAUGCCAAACUUUGGAAACAUUGACACUAGUUUUUCAAGUUGGUUGAAACCUGGGCAACAUGAAGCAAAUAGUUUCUUAGAUAUUGAGGUAUUUUCAGGAAACAACCCAAAUAAAAUUAAUCCUAGACCUGGAAAGAUCAUGAUUUGCAAUAAACCAGAUCCAUCGAAAAACACUGUUGAAGUUUUUCAUGAUGUGUUGGAUUGCACCUCUUGGGUACUGUCGCCUGUGAUUUUAGUUAAAAUCAUCCGAGGAUGUUGGAUUUUGUUUGAAAAGCCAAACUUUGAAGGGCCAUCAAUUCCUCUGGAGGAAGGAGAAAUAGAACUCACAAAUCUUUGGGGAGAAGGACCAUCUGACAACAAAGAUGAAUGCAAAUCUCCUGAGCCUGCAGUGAUUGGUUCAAUCAGGCAUGUAGUAAAGGAUUAUAGAAUGUGCCGAAUUGACCUGUUUACGGAACCUGAAGGGUUAGGUGUUGUAAACUCAUAUUUUGAUGACACUGAAGAAACACGGUUUGGUUCUGCUCAGAAGACAUGUUCUAUCCAAGUGCAUUGGGGCAUAUGGCUGCUAUAUGAAGAACCGGGUUUCCAGGGAAUCCCUUUAAUGUUGGAACCUGGAGAAUAUCCUAAUCUAUCCUUCUGGGAAAAGAAAGAAGCAUAUAUUAGGUCUAUGAGGCCAUUGAAAAUGGGUGGACGCAAAGUUGAAUAUCCUGAGAGCCCAAAGGUAAUAAUUUAUGAACAGCCGUACUUUGAAGGGAAACAUGUAGAACUUGAUUCAGAAUUAGUUUCUCUUGCUGAAGAAGGAAAGGAAAAAGAAGAAUCCACAGAACCAGAAAAUGAUCUGCUCACAUCAAUAGGAUCCAUAAAAGUCAAGGGAGGAGUUUGGGUUGCGUAUGAGAAGCCAGAGUUUGCUGGGCAUCAGUAUUUGCUGGAAGAAGGAGAAUAUCAGGAAUGGAUGGACUGGGGUGGUUAUGAUGAGCAAGUGCAAUCACUGAGGCCUGUUCUAGGGAGUUUGAUGCAGCCUCACAUGAUCAUGUACACUGAAAAGGACUUUGGGACAAAAGGUUCCAACAUAAACGUGUUAGGAAUUAUUUCCAAUUUGAAGGAUACAGGCUAUGGACUAAGGACACAAUCCAUAAAUGUGUUAAGUGGAGUAUGGGUGGCUUAUGAAAAUCCUGACUUUACAGGAGAGCAGUACAUCCUUGAUAAAGGAAUGUACCCCAGCUAUGAGGUUUGGGGAGCUAGGAGUUGUAAAAUAUCUUCAGUUCAACCCCUAAUUUUGGACAACACCGGUGAUGAUAUGGGGAAAUUUAAGGUCCAAUUAUUCUCAGAACCAGAGUUUCAGGGUAGCAGUCAAGUAUUUGUGGAAGACAAUUGUCAAAUUGAGGAGACUUUUCCUGUUAAGUCAUCAAAAGUCUUAUCUGGCAGUUGGGUUGCAUACGAUAAGGAAAAUUUCUCUGGUAAUCAGUAUGUGUUAGAAGAAGGAGCCUAUCCUGAUCUGUCUGCAAUGGGUUGCCUACCACAAACAUGCUUGAAGUCAUUACAAGUUGUAAAUAUUGAGCUUUCUGAACCACUCGUAGUCCUUUUUGAAAAGGAAAACUUCAAGGGAAAGAAAAUGGAAUUUACUACAGAAGUCGUAAAUCUCCGGUUCCUUGGCUACAAUCCUCAUGUAGCUUCAGUAGAAAUUUGUGGUGGCAUAUGGAUUAUUUAUGAACACAAUAAUUAUAAAGGCCGUCAGAUUUUAUUGACACCUAAAAAAAUACCAAACUGGUAUGAGUCAAGUGGCUACCGCAAAAUAGGUUCUCUACGACCUUUACUGCAAAAACGAGUGUACUUCAGACUUAGAAACAAAGAAACAGGAAAGUUCAUGUCAAUUGAUGGAAAUAUAGAUGACUUGAAUCUUCUGAGGAUACAGAUUACAGACGAUACUAAAUCUGAUGAGCAAGUCUGGGUUUAUCAUGAUGGAUUCAUCAAAUGUAGGCUGGCAGAAGACUUCUGCUUAACAAUUGUAGGAAACCUGAUCACUCCUGGUGCAAAACUGGGCCUGACACUUCAGCAGAAUGAAGAAAAGCAAAACUGGAGUAUUAAACCAGAUGGCAGAAUCUUCAGCAAGAUGAAACCAAAUUUGGUAUUAGAUAUUAAAGGGGGGAAACACUAUGAUCAAAACCAUCUCGUUGUAAGUUCAGUUAGUGAAGACAAGCCAACCCAGUGCUGGGAGCCCCUGGUCAUCUAAAAGCAAUUCUACUGCAGAAGGCACAGACUGAGAACGAGACCCAUCCAGAGCAGUAUAUGAAGAAUGGCAGAGAAUUUGACAUCCGACAAACACUUGUGCAAUCUUCACAAUUUCAAGAAACAACAAACAGAGCGUAGCUCUAUGUGGGUGGGCAUCCUCACCCCAUUGCAAUCCUGUGCUUGUUUCCCCUUUGCCCCCUGCCAUGUCCCUUUUGCCCAGCCCUAUGAAAGGGGAGGGAGGUCUGAAGCAGGGGGCCUGUGCUGUAGGUAUAGGCUCCCUAUGCAAUUGGAAGCUCCUCAGCUGAAUGUGUCCACUCUACACCUGUAGCGCACACUCCCCACUUCAGACCUCGCCCUUCAACAGCUGGAGGGCAACGGGUGGCAGGGCCAGCACACAUGGCUCUGCUUUCCCUUACUUACGUGACUGGAAUCGCCUGAGGAUGGACAGAAGGCUAUAAUGUGUCUUAUGUAUAUAUGUUCUGUAUU